AUGCGCCUCCAUCUCAUCAUCCAUCGGCAUGAGUUGCCAGUUACGCGCCUUUUAUGGAGUACGCCCGUAACGCAAAGCUCCGGUCUAUCGCUGUCCCGCCAACCGUCCGCCCUAUCAUCGUUCACCAGCUCCGGCCCUGCCUCCAUACGUACGCUAAGCGCCAGCGGGAGUUUCAACACUGCAUAUACGUCUGCCUGUGUCCCAGCUGCUGUAGGCAGAGACUCUAAUUAUAUCAUUUCUCAGUUGUUGGCAGAUGUUAAUGAGGUGGUGCCACUGGAAGCACCGGUGAACAUCGAGGACGCGGCAGAAGAUAAUGGCGGACAGUGGCAGUUACAUGACUAUGUUGUGGAGAUUAUGGGCUCCGAAUGUCUGCAUUUCAUGCGUGUCGACGCGCUGCUUCGUGAGGGUGACGAAGUUGUUAUUCGUCCCCUAGAUCACGAAGAUAUGUCAGCUAGAAUAGCAACAGGAAGGCGGCAAGUGGCUGAGGACGGGACACAGCUAAUCGAUGGCGUUCCCUUUGGGAAUUCCCGCCAGGAGCUUAAACGGACAACUGUGUCUCGACCUUCUAUAACCAUACCACCCAGAAAUAAGAGACGGCGACUGAAUGGCCCAGACCAGGGUCGCGGUGAAAUUACGGAGCCUCCUUCUCUUCUUCAUGAGUCAACUGUGGUCAUUGAAGAUGUUAUUUCUCAAACAGAUGAUGCUGCGAUACCAGAAGAGCAACAGCCUGCCGCAGAGCAAGACAAAACGAUUGUAGAGGUGACUGAGGCAGUAAAUGUUAUAGUCCAAGAUGAAGAAGAAGACCCAAAUUCUGCCGCUGGUGGUGUACCUGUCCCAGAGGAGAGUGUAUUAAUCACCCCUCCAACUGUUAAAAGACAUAAAACAACACAACCCACAUUGGAACAAACUGUGCUACCGAACCCUGAAGAAAAAAAUCAUUCUGAUGAUUCAUCAAGCAAAGAUUCCUCGGAAGAUGAAGCUUCGAGCUCUAGUGACGAUGACAGUUCAGAUUCUGACUCGGACGCUGAUUCCAGUUCUGACUCAAGCCCUGAUUCAGAGUCUGAUUCUAAUUCGGGUUCAAGCUCGAAUAAAAGUUCCGGUUCCGAUUCGUCCUCGAGUAGUUCGAGCUCGGAUUCAGACUCGGAUUCAGAUUCUGACCUUAGUUCUGGCCCUAAAUUGUCAUCUUCUAAGAAGAAAGCUGUCUUACCCAAGCCGGAACAGCCUAAAGACAAGACUACCGUCGCAAAAGCACAAGUCAACCCUCCGGGUCAUGGCACUGUACGCACUAAACAUGGAAACCUGAGAACCAAGUGGCGCAGAAGAUUGAUCCGACUAAAGGUUGCUGGUAUCCUGCAUAAAGAUGCCAAUUUCGAAGACAUGCGCGCCUGGGAGAAGGGGAAUGGAGGCUCUGAGGCUGUAAGUGCCUUGCUUGAAGCUAAAGAAAAAUCGGAAUUUGAGAGAAAACGAGAGCAGCUACUACGAGAUAUAGAGGAGGGCGGGAUUGAAAUUCCGUCUCCCUCAGGGCAAAAACGAAAACAUAAGGAAACCUCAUCAGCGGCUGAGGUAGAUUGUCUUGCGACCUCUACACCAGCCAAAGAUAAGCCUUCUCCCUUUUCAGAUGCCCUCGCUUCCACGAGGCAGUCGAAGUUAGAUCUUGACAGCACGCGGCGUCUUUUGUUUGGAUCUUUGGGCGUUAAAACACCCAAGACGAAGGAAGAUGAAGAAAAGACUCGAGCUAAACUUGCGCAGAAAACUAGCCUGACUCCGAAAGCUACGCCAAAGGUGUCUGAACGUGUUACUUCACAGCCCCCAGAUGAAAUACUCCAGCCAAUUGAGAAUUGGCAAGACAGUAUCACACUUAAGGCCACUGAAUGUUUUUAUGAUGGGAUCGAAUUAUCUACGCCUCCAUUCCCUUUCUUACAGAGAUGGGACCCUGACGCCCAUGCCGCCAUCCAGGAGCUACGCGCAAGUCAGGCUCCCCAAGGCAAGAAAAAGAAAAAGAAUAAGCGGAAACGGCAGUCUCAAUCCAACGGAGAGAACGAAAACGGAUACCUAGCAGAAUUUGACGAGAGCGAGAUUCAUCCAAAUGAAGAUAUCACUCUAGACUAUGGGGACGAGACCGGUGGACUAAACACGGAUGCAUCUGUCGUUGCAGAGACACAAACAAAAGCGAAGUCCCAGAGAGAUAAGAUCAUGCCUAGCCCUGAAAAGCAAAGUACUACGAAGCAUAUAGCGGGCGACCUGCCUCCUCUCCCAAAAGAUAUCUCAACACUGCCUGAUGCGGAUAAUAGCAAUCUAUUGCCUGGUGCAAUUUUUGCAUUCAAACAGUUAGACCUCUCUAAGGCUACUAAUUGGCAGCCUGAGGUGUCUCCCUACCGCACUGCAAUUGUGGAAAAUGUUAAAUCUGCCGACACAAUCACUUUUCGUCUUGCUAAACGUGAUCGAGAUGUACUAGACAUCGAUGACGCAGAUGAUGGUCAGCCACGAAGCUAUACCAAGUUCGAAAUGCCUGGUCUCGACGACAUUGAGGAGGACGAUGGGCUGCGAGAACUCGAAAUUCAAAACCUCAUUGACCCAAAACUAAUCAGUGCCCCGGCUCACGUGUCUGUAAAUAAACUACAAGAACAACUUGCAGGUGCGGAAGAGGAUUUAGUGGGCCUCAUAGACAGGCAAUUGUUUGAGGGUCCGGCAGAUGAGUCGACAAAUCUUGCCAGUGAGGUGGCAGAAACGCAAAAUGUCCGCAUCACUGAGAAAGCGCCGCCCCUUACCUCUUCACAGCCGGAAGAUAUCCAAGUUUCCUCUCCUAGCCGCCGGGAAAUAUCACAGCUCAUCAGAGAUGCCGGAUUUAGGUCCUCUGUAAUUUCUGAAUUGGCUGUCCCUGGCGGGGAAGAAGUUGUAGAAGAUAGUUGUCCUAAUAUGGAAGAGAAGCGGCAGGACGGUACCGAAGAAACCGUCUGCGAACAAACCCACGAGGACAAGACUAUUGUGCAAGAAAGCGUUACUAUUUCACAAGAUAUCGAGAAGCAUGACGCGGAAGAUCCUCGUGAGGAUAGUCUUGUUGUUGAAUCUCCGAAAUUCACUGGCUUCGAUUGUGACUUGUCUUCAAAGGAAACAGCAGCAGAAGCCCCGGCGGAACCAGACCUGCGCAAAUUUCCAAGCCCUCCCCCAUUAAAUUCAACCGUGCCAGAAACAGCAAGACCAUCACCCUUGUCUGCUCUAGAAAACUGGAUAUCUGCGCAAGGCUCUGCCCAGGAUAGUGAGAAGGGAAAGUCUCCGGAGCCACCAGAUAAUGAGGAUGAAACAGAUGAAGAUGAUGAUAGCGGUGAUAGCCACCCAAACUCACUUGUUCCCAAUCCAUUCUAUGAGAUUGACAAUCUCUCGGAGAAUGACCCAACCCCGUCAUUGGAAGAGCUUCUUGCGGAAUCCACUCCGUGCCCGCCAGCUUCAUUAAAGCCACCACCAGCUACCUCUAAACUUGCUAGGUCAUCCUCGCCUUUACCAACGGCCGGUCCGUCCGUUAACUCGCAACACCCGGCUGCAAAGUCAACUUCACCACCUCCACAUGAAGACGAUCUACCCUUACAGGAUGCACAGGAUCCUCCAGAGAACAACGAACCUUCUGCGUCUCAGAUACCGGAUGGCUCUAUGGUGGUAGACUUGACAUUAUCAAGUGAUCCUGUGGCAGGAGGUGACGAUGAUUAUGUCGAUGAAUGUGAUGACGACUUUGAGGAAGAUUCAUCACUUUUCCAUGGACCUGGAUGGGUAGCUAAACGGAAACCAAAGGCAAAGGCAAAGGCAAAGGCAAAGCCAAAACCAAAACCAAAAUCUAAGGGUAAGGGUAAAGGUCGAGGUUCGGCAUCACAAGGGAGCCAAAGGGGUGGUCGGCGCCCGAGAUUGGUGCUUAAAAGGAGUACUGUUUGA